AUGUUUGCCCGAACCGGGGGCACACUUCUGGCCUUGAGCGAAGCCUCCACUGAAUCUUCCUUGGUGACUCGCGGAUGUGCACGGCUUGGGCCAGCCCCCCUGUUGCCCGGCUGCGCUCGACCGGACUUGCCUCUAGCAGUGCUUGACUCGGUGACCUUUGAUACUUUACUGACCUCGCGAAGCCCUAUUCGUCUGGAGCUCUCGAUGCCGCUGCACAAUGACGUUUGCACGAGCUCACCAGCGCUGGCACGAGGCGCAGCAAGAUCAGAGUUGCUGAUGUCUAUCUGUGGUCUAAUCCGCCUGGAGCUCUUCCUGCCGGCUCCAGCACCUGCGAAUGCGGAAGCAGCCUUACCGCCUCGGGGGUUGGCCCACGUGGGCCUGGCGCUGCUGGCACCAGCUCUUCCAAGCCCAGGCCUGCCGUCACCGCUGAGGUCUGCCUCUCAGCCUGGACUUUUGCCGCCCUCAUGGGGCUGUGGUCAAGCAGAUCCAUCUCUGUUGGCAUCAGACUAUGCACAUCCAAGUCCCUCGCUUCCGCCGAGAGCCUUUUCAUGUGCUGGCAGCACCUUGAGCGUGCUGGGGGGCGCUCGAUCAGGGCAGCUCUCUGUGCUUGGCUGUGCCCAUUCGGAGCCCAUUCUUUCUUUGCGCAGCUUUGCUCGCCUCGGUCCGGUGCUGCUGGCAUCAGAUCACGGCCAACCCGGAGCUUCUCCGCUGAUGCGAGGUCUUGCUCACUCUGGUGCUAGCUCAUCAGUCUUCGGACAGGUACACUUCACUUACACCAACACCUACAUCACCUCGGAGGUUUCAAGUACAAACCAACUCCAGUUCUACGUCAACAACCAGCGCGCGCUGUCGCUGCUUCAGAAGCCCACAGGGGCAACGACGGGGAACGUCGGCGGUGCUCUUCAUGGUCUUUGGUAUUCAGAUCAUAUGCUCCACAUUUCGGACAAGCGCCUCAAGACGAGCAUCCGCUCUCUGGCGGACGACUUGAAUGAAAAGGCGCAAGCCGCAGGAGUUGAAGGCGAAGGGCAGGGCGUGGCUUGGCUUCUUCGGGAACUGCGGCCUGUAUCAUAUUACUUUAAGCGGGAUGUGGAAGCCAAAAAGCAGCGCUUUGGCUUUAUCGCCGACGAACUGGCAGAGACGCUGCCCGAGGUCGUGCAAGAGUCAUCGGAUGAGAAGAAGAUCAAAGGCAUCGCAUACCAGGAUCUGAUUGCCAUCAUGGUGGUCGGCAUGCAGUCCUUGAAUACGCGGGUCAACGAUUCGGAUGACUUUGCAAAGAUCUUGAUGACCCGGCUCAACACUCUUGAGCAGAGCUUUGCAAUGCUGCAGGAGAACGUCAUCAAGAGACUUGGCGAUCUGGAGGUGCAAAUUGGAACAACGGAGCAGAGGAGGGGUGCCAACGAUGCCACCCUGCUCUGA